AUGGAGAGCAACCCGCCUUCGUCCAUUCUCAUUGUCGGCUCCGGCGUGUUCGGCCUAAGCACAGCGUGGGCGCUGAGCAAGCGCCCCCUCUUUGCCGGCACGACCAUCACCGUUGUGGAUCAUGCGCGAGGGCAGUUCCCUCCCACGGAUUGCGCAAGCGUGGACACGUCGAGAAUCAUCAGGGCAGAUUACGCAGAUCCUCAUUACACCGCUCUCGCGACCGUGGCGCAGGAGGAGUGGCGUAAGCAAGGACACGAUGACCUCGGCGGCCAAGGUCGGUAUACGGAGUCAGGGUUCGUCCUCACCGCGGAUGAAGCCAAGGAGGUCAAGGUCGGCACCAAGUCCGGGAUGGACUACACCAAAGAGAGCUGGAAGAACGUCGUCGAGUAUGCCGUCAAGAACGGGUUUUCUGCGGACCGGAUCAAGACGCUCGAGAGCCGUGACGCGCUCAACGCCGCUUUAGGGACGGACGCACACCCCGGUGAUUGGGGAUAUUUCAACACCCUAUCCGGCUGGGCCGACGCUGGCAAGGGCAUGAAGUGGCUCUACGAGCGAGUAGCGGCCACAGGGAGGGUCAACUUUGUCGACGCCAACGUGCAGGAGUUGGCGACGGAAGGCGACAGGGUCGUGGGAGCGAAGCUACUGGACGGCACACUGCUUGCGGGCGAUGUGGUAUUCGUCGCCGCCGGCGCUUGGACGGGCGAGCUCAUUGACUUGAGGGGGCAGGUCGAGGCAACUGGCCACGUUUUGGGGUACGUCGAUAUCACAGAGGACGAGCUCGCCGUGCUGUCGAAGCAGCCCGUCGUGUUGAACCUGUCGUCGGGUCUCUUCAUUAUCCCGCCGCGGGAAAAGGUGCUCAAGGUUGCUCGACACAGUUUCGGCUACCUCAAUCCUACAACGGUCCAUAACGCCUUGCCCCCGUCUCCCUCUUUGAGGCGCGGACCCAUAGUCGUCUCCCGUCCCGCCACACAUCGGGACGGGGAGCUGAGCCGCCUCCCGCUUGAGGCCGAUGUCGACCUCCGCCGCGCACUCAAGGACCUCGUCCCCAUCAAAGGCCUCGAAAACCGACCAUGGAGGGAGACUAGGCUAUGCUGGUACUCAGACACCAGAGACGGGGAUUGGCUCGUGGACUGGCACCCCGGUUGGAAGGGCCUCUUCAUCGCGACGGGCGACAGUGGCCACGGAUACAAGUUUCUGCCCCUGCUGGGCGAGCGGGUGCUGGACUGCAUGCUUGGCAACGGCGGGGAUCUGGGACACAAGUGGCGAUGGAAGGGCCCUGCGGACGAAGUGAUCGGGCGAGAAGUGGACGGUAAGUUUCAUGGACUCAUCACCCACGAUGGGAGCAGGGGAGGAUACCCGGGCAUGAUUUUGCAGGAAGAGCUCGCGCGGAUGAAUUAG